AUGACUACUAAAAAAAUUGUUUUGCUACCAGGAGACCACAUUGGGCCUGAGAUCGUUGGAGAGGCAGUGAAAGUCUUGAAGGCUAUUUCAGAGGUCAGACCGGAGGACCAGUUUGAAUUCGAUACAGAGCUCAUUGGGGGUGCUGCCAUUGAUGCGCAUGGUGUUCCAUUAACGGAUGAAGCUCUUGAGGCAUCAAAGAAGGCAGAUGCUGUUUUACUUGGAGCUGUAGGAGGACCUAAAUGGGGUACAGGUAAAGUUAGACCAGAGCAAGGAUUGCUUGAGAUUAGAAAGGAGUUGAAAUUGUAUGCCAAUCUAAGACCCUCAAGGUUUGCUUCAGAAAAGUUGUUGAAGUUUUCACCAUUGAAGCCAGAAAUUGCCAAGGGAACAGAUAUUAUGAUAGUCAGAGAGUUGAUUGGAGGUAUCUACUUUGGUAAGAGAAAAGAGGACGAGGGAGAUGAUUAUGCUUGGGAUACCGAGCAGUACAGUGUUCGGGAGGUUGAGAGAAUCACCAGAAUGGCUGGAUUUCUUGCCAUGCAGCAGAAUCCUCCUCUUCCAGUGACCUCUUUGGAUAAGGCCAAUGUUUUGGCUUCUUCUCGGUUGUGGAGGAAAACCGUUACCAAAACCAUGCAGAAUGAGUUCCCUAAGGUUACAUUGAAGCACCAAUUGAUCGAUUCGGCUUCUAUGAUGCUAGUUAAAUCACCUACAAAACUCAACGGUAUCGUUCUUUGCUCCAACAUGUUUGGCGAUAUCUUCUCGGACGAAGCCUCUUGCAUCCCAGGAUCUCUAGGUUUACUCCCUUCAGCAUCGUUGGCCUCUUUGCCUGACAAAAACACUGCAUUUGGCCUUUACGAACCUAUUCAUGGUUCUGCACCGGAUCUUCCUAGAAACGUGGUCAAUCCUAUGGCUACAAUUCUUUCUGCUGCCAUGAUGUUGAAGUUAUCCUUGGGUAUGGUGGAAGAAGGUGAGGCAGUGGAAAAGGCAAUUAAAGCAGUUAUCGAAAAUGGUAUCGUGACGGCCGACUUGGGAGGAAAGGCUAAAACUACAGAAGUGGGUGAUGCCGUUGCCAAGGAGGUUAAAAGGAUCUUGUCUUAG